AUGACAGACGACCCAAUCAUAACACCAGGAAUGGAAGAGUUUCUUUUACAAACAGAAAGCGGUCUCUCUGCAGGGCCAAUAACAGCUGGAUUGGUGGCACCUCAAGGAAUCUUGCUUUUGACCUCUAACAACAAUGUUUUCAUUAGGUAAUAUAAAAUAUAUUUGUAACUCAAUCAAUAAAACCUAACGUGCACUUUAUUGUGCCAAACGAGAAGAGCUUCUGAACAGACAAAAUCAUUAGGUGUAUCACAGCUCAACAAAGGUAAAUCAAGUAUUCAACUUCAGGACGCCAUUGUGUGCAAAUUAUAUGGUAUUACGAGCGUAAUCUUUUUAAAUGAAGAAAAUGAGCAAAUACUGUUUAAUGUUUUGUAAAGGCAAGUGCAUGGCAUGUCUACAUCAAAUAUAGAGUUAAAUACGAGUUUGAUAAAAUUUUAGUGAAAAUCGCUUUAUCACUUCUGCAAAUUGAGCAUAAAACUAUUGCCAAAAAUCAACUCUCUUUAUGACUUAACUCUUAAGUUUGCAUUUUUAAUAUUUUCAGAGCUGAUGGCAGGAUAAUCGUUCUAAAAUAUCACAAGAUGCCAUUCUCGGUCGACGACAGAAAAAAACUUAAGGCUGGCAUUGGGUCAAUAGCUGAAACACACACCGUAUAUAUGCUGUGUAUAGUUACCAUUUUGCCAUGGUGAAAUUGAAAUUUUAAAAGAAAAUUGAAUUAUCUAUACUAUAGAAUAUAAACAUAUUAUGAAAUACUAGGACAAAACAUUUCUCAAGACACUUGAAACUAUGGUUGAAAAGUUUUGAAGUUUGAACAAAGUAGGAAGAAUCAUGGCCAUGUUUCAAGAUGAAACAUCUUUCAAGACUCUUUUUAUUUGAACAUUGAGUAUUUCACUUCUUCAGUUAGGUGUUUAGGUUGAUGCAACUAACCGUAAUAAUUCAAUUUAUAGACAACAGGAUAGAAGCACAGACCAACGAUACACCCAUGCAUGCACAUAAUUCAGAUAUCUUUCUUUCUUUAUAACUUUAUUGGGAAUACUAACAAUAACGAUAAAUGGGUGUUUCCCAAAAGGAAAGGUGCAAACGGGUCAGAAAAAGCCCAUGCGAGGCACCUCCCUUACAAACUUUACACAAAAAAUUACAUUACACUAUAAAUUAUAGUUGAGGUAAAGCUCGAUUUGCGCAUACCCACAGGAUCUCCAAAUACGUAAAAUGCAUGUAGAUUUGGAAAAUUUGUACGGAAAAUAAAACUAACUUGGUUUUGAAAACAUGUGACUUGGGCAUGUACACGAAACAAACUUUACUUCAAUCAAAGAACUAUACAUUAUUUUAGUUUCUGUGACAUGGACAGUCUCGAACAAGAGACCAGGUACAUGGCAUGUCUACGUCAAAAACUGAAUUACGUAAAAACGAAUAAGUCCGACGAAGAAAGUUCUUAAAAGUAAAUAAUGUCACGAAGCUAUUAGGUGAUGCAGUUCUACACACUACAUUCCAUAAAUGAACUGUUCGAUUAAAGUAAGAGUUUUUAAACGUAGUUGUUCUACAUAACGGCACUUGAAGUAAUAGACUAGGAUUUAAGGUUAGUCGAGAACGAUCAUGACUAACAAAACUAACAUAAUUGCCUAUGUCUAAGUCUACGUAACCGUAUAGUGCCUUAUAGAAGAAGACCAAGUCUUGGAUUUCUCUGUCAUAACACAGCGGCAGCAUGUCCAAAGUCUGAAGUCUCUCCUGGUGUGAUAUCUCACCUAUUCUUGAUCUUAGGAUCCAUCUUGUCGCGCGUCGUUGUAUUCUUUCGAUCUUGACUUUGAGGGAGACAUUGGAUGGAGACCAAAUUUCAGUACCAUAGCAUAACUUUGACUUUACAAGCGAUAGGUAUAAUGAACGCCGGAUUUUGGUUUCCGUCAAUAAAGGACAAGUUCUUUUUAGGACACCAAGCAUCUUGUUAGCUUUAGCUGUUAUCAUUUGAAUAUGCGAGUUCCACAAGAGAUUGUCUGUCACGAUGAUGCCGAGAUCUUUUUCUUUCCGGACACGAAGCAACGAAGAUGAACCCAGAUGAUAGUUGUAAGUCACGGGAUAUUUCUUUCGAACUAUACUUUUAUAUACUGUAUAUACGACUAUAAAAGCCUAGUGGUUCCUUUUACCAUUGCAUAUAGCGAUUGCUGUUAGCAUGGGUCAUCAGAAUGUUUCCUAUUUGGCAAGAACAAUUGCAAGCAGCUUACAAUUUGAUAGAAAAAAUAGUGACAAUGCAAGGAUGCAAUCAUAAAGCUAUUAAAAGACCUACAACCUUUGCCAGAAACUAUGGGACAGCUGCUCUAAUUUCAUAUAAUUUGAAAGGAAUAGCGCCCCGUGUUCUCCCAGUUCAAUGUUGGGCCAACAAAAAUCUUAUGUCUGGAUACGCGGCGCCAACAUUGAAACGGGUGGGGGGGGAGGGAGGGUUGAAAAUAUGUAUCAGGAAAUGGUAUAUUACAACUGAAUGCAUGUGAAAACUAGAUUGUCCCAAUCUGUAUUGUCAAAGAUUGUCUGUUGAAGUAAUACCAUUACUCUUAAAUUUAACUUCAUUCAACUUGUAGACAUCAUGAAGCUGUGUACGCAGUUAUAUUUUCAUAAUUUCUUCACCUCUUUUAGGUCCUCUAGCAAUUUCGUUGCACACAGAUAAUUUUCGUGUAUACUGUGUCAUACAAUGUUUGCGUAUGUGUGUGUUAGGAAAUAGCUAAAAUCCGGCUGAAACAUUACGUAUAUAUAAAAUCAGAUUUAAAGGCUUGUAUUGCUACAUUUUAGUCACAAUUCAUUGAAUUCCAUGCAUGGUAACAGCAUUGGAACUCUAUUUAAAGAAAAUUGACAACUGAGCCAUCUUGUUAGUAUAACUAAGCGCGUAUAUGUGACAAUGAGAUCAAUAUAGAAACGAAUCUCACCACGAAUCUCACCAUAUUUUCAUGGGCUCACACGUCAUAAAAGCCUUAAUAGGAGACAAUAUGAAACAAAUUCAACCUAGGCAUCUAAAGUCCAACAUAUUUUACAAGAUAGGGCGAUUUUACAAGUUUUCGUAACAAACUGACUAAGGUACAAAAGAUUUUCUAGCAACGAUUCUCACUUUCUGUCAUAAAAUAGCCAAUGAGAUUUAUUUACAGUUUUGUAGUGAGCUUCGUUCAAAAACGAACUUAAAAAGGGAUAUCUGCAAAGUUGACCGAUUGUAAUUAAGGAAAAUGGUUUCUUGUACCCGUAUGCAUAUAAAAUGUAAGAUAAGUAAAAUUUAUAGUAGUGAGUAGUGCAAAUCAGCGUUUUAGACCGAGAAUCGUUAUUGAGCAUCGUGUAAUAUGAGACGUAUGUAAUUUGAUUACUGGCUGCGUUAUGAAUUGUGCUAUAAAUCUUAUACUGCAAAUGAAAUUUAGCUUGGAAAUGGCCCCAGUUCUCAAGUAUAAGUUUGUAAAAGGCGAAAACAAUGCAUAUUUAUUUGCCUUUCCCGCAGUUUGAUAUGUUGUGAGAUGAGAUUUAAACCUACUCGACUCACAAACAGAUUAUUUCUGAAUAGUUCGGUUCCAGGUUCUUCAUAAUUAUGGUGUUUUGCAUCAUUCCAAAGACAGCAUGUAACUUUUGAGUAAAUUUCCACGGAUUUUUCACAAGGAAGAGAGCUAUGAUGAUAUUAGAUGUGAAUAUAAAUGUGCUUAUUAAGCAUUAUAGCUAGUAGCACACGUACCUGUAUUGGUAUAUAAAGUAUAAUAUAUAUAUAACCCCCCCGGAAUGAAUGGAUAGUAUCUAAAACUACCAAAACUUGCCCACAUAUGCUUCGAUACUGGAAUAAAUGUUAUUGGGCGCGGUAUAAACUUAAAACUAAAACGUUUAAUUACCAAAGACCAUUGAUCACCACCAACACAAUCUUUGCCCGAAACUAUGGGACAGCUGCUGUAAUUUCAUAUAAUUUGAAAGGAAUAGCGCCCCCCAGUUCAAUGUUGGGCCAACAAAAAUCUUAUGUCUGGAUACGCGGCGCCAACAUUGAAAUGGGUGGGGGGAGGGAGGGUGGAAAAUAUGUAUCAGGAAAUGGUAUAUUACAACCGAAUGCAUGUGAAAACAAGAUUGUUCUAAUCUGUAUUGUCAAAUAUUGUAGCACUGGAAAUUUUAAACACUUCCCUGAUGACAAGACUGGUAAACGAAGAUGGGAAUGUAUGUAAUGCAUAAAAAAUGUUUAAUAGAUAUUAUUAUAUACACAAGGUCUGGAUAUGAGGUAUUCUGCAAUCUGAUUGGUUCUCUACUAGCAGGAUAUUAGCUCAUAUCCUGCUAGUAGAGAAAAACAAAAUGGCAGCCAAACUGAAUUUACGAGAAAACGAUGGCAAGUUGUCGCUAAUGUGACCUCACUUUGAGAGUGGAUUACCCUGCAACUGAAUGAUUUAACUAAUAAUUAAACUAAUAAUGUAUUAUUGUUUGUUUUUUCAGAUCAUGAAAUGGCUUAAUCCACUUACAACUGUUCCUGUCAACCAACAAUAUUGCCCAGCAAUAGGAAUAAGGUCAUCAGUUCUGGAUGCUUUCAUCAAUCUAAAAAGCAAGGUAUGUUGUCCCAUGAAAUGUACUAAAUACUGAUACUAAUACUGAUAAUAAUACUGAUACUAAUACUGAUAUUUCUAUACUAAUACUGUCUGUACCAGUGUAGGUAGUACCAUGCAAUGUGAAAUUGCUGUGCUGAGUGGUUAUAUCAAAACCUGAAAUAAACAAGCAGAAACUCAACGUUUCGAGCGAAGGCCCUUUGUCAAGAGUUAGUAGCCAACUAAGCACAGCAAUUUGCUAUACUAAUAACAAUUUUUAAAACCAAUCUCUAUACAGUCUUACUAAUAUGCGUAUUUAUCACACAGGACGUUUCUGCCACCCUAAGGCAAAUCAGUGACAGAAAAAAAAUGACAAGAAAUGCAAAAGGUUGGAAAAUUCCAAUUUCAGUGAUAAAACCAAAAUCAUUGCAUGUAUACAACCAUAGUUAAUGGAGAAGAUGGUUUGGAAACUCAUAAUCUAGGUUUUUGUUCUGGUAUAUGCAAAAAUGUGAUGAUGAAAGACCACAAUUUUCCAAACACCUGACCAACAUAGACGAGGUUUAUUGUUAUUUUAUUGUAUUAUGCUAAUGAGUUUUCAAACCAUCUCCUCUAUUAACUAUCAUGAUAUAUUUAUAACCAAUAGCUGGCAACUCAUUGUAUUUGGUUGAAAUGGCUCCCAUUUUAUGAAGAAAGUAACGUAAAUAAAGCCGUAUUUGCUUUUAAGAGCAUAAAUGGCGAGACUGCUCCUUAUUUACGUGAAACACUAAAACUAAAUCGCGAGCAACAUUGCAGAAAUACAAGAUACGCCGAAGUUAACUUCAUCUGUCCAAAGUAUAAAAGGGAAAGUGAAGGUGGUAGAACUUUUAGUGUAACCACAAUUAAACUUUGGAACAGUCUACCACUAAACUUAAGACGGCAUUUGAAUGUCCGUAUUUUUAAGAAUAAAUAUGUAGAAAUUUUACAUUUUACAUAGAAGCCAUUUCUAAUUGUAUUUAUAUAUAUACCGAACCAUAAUUUUAAAGUAAAUUUGUAAAUAUAGAUAUAUACUGUAUUGAUAGUUUAAUUUGUGUACUUGUAUUAUAGAAAUUGUUGUAUUAUUGAAAUUGAGGGCUACACGUUUAUUAGUGCUUUUGUACUAUUACGUACUACCCUCUUGAAAUAAAGAUUCUAACUAACUAACUAACUAAUUUCUGCAUGGCCAUCCAGAAAAUUUACGGAAAAAAAACUUCUGAAUUUUAUGAACAAGCUGUAGUUGAAAAGUUAAAUUUGAAGAUUUUUGCUGCCAUACAAUUUAUUUUCUUCAUACUGAUUGUAUGGUCUGCGUUGGACAGAUAAAUUCAAUCUUGGAUGGGCAAUUAUUGAAAAAGAUCAAGAUGAAGGACAUGAACAACAAACAGCUGACACAAUAACGUAG